GUUGAUGAUAUCUUUUUCCCCGAGUCAUCACGCCAGAGGCAAGCCAGGUGCCAUCCACAAUGGCUCUCCAGUCCUCGCGCCGCUCGAGCACUGAAGAUGACUACCGUGAAGUUUUCGAAGCUGCGAUGGAUGAUCGCAUUCGAGACGGAAUUGAAGAAUUUUCCAAGCGCAAAAAACCAAAAUGGCAUCAAAAACAUCUGAAAACCGGCAAUCAUGAUCGGGAGCUGAGUCGAAUCGCGACAAACUUGUCUAAUGCAGUAGGGAUCUCUUCAAGAACACUGGCAGAUAUUGACCCACGCCUGGAUCCCAAGAAUGAGAACUUCGAGUUCCGUUUCUGGGCUUCAUCUUUCCUUCGGCUUCUCAGAGAGGAUGGAAUCAAGCGAGCUAGCGUGGGUUUCACUUUCAAGAACCUUAGCAUCUUGGGCAAUGGAUCAAGCCUAGCCAUUCAGCCGACCGUGGCAUCCCCAUUCAAGGCCCUCUUAAGGCUCCCGCUGCAAUUCAAAGCUCCAAAGCGAGGGCCGCAGACAAUCUUGCACAACCUGAAUGGUUCGGUUGAUCAAGGCGAAAUGUUGCUUGUCCUUGGUCGUCCAGGUAGCGGCUGUACAACUUUCUUGAAAUCCAUUACUGGACAACUGAAUGGACUCACGAAAUCAAAUGAUUGCGUCAUUAGUUAUGAUGGCAUUGCUCAGGAUCAGUUUCUGAAGAAUUUUCGAGGCAGAGCAGUCUACAAUCAAGAAGACGACGAGCACUUUCCGCAUCUCACAGUCGAGCAAACCAUCUCUUUUGCCGCAGCAGCCAUGACCCCGCAAACACGCAUCCAAGGAGUUUCCCGCGAAGUCCAUACAAAGCAUAUGUGUGAGGUGAUGCUGAGAAUCUUUGGUCUAUCACAUGCUCGUCACACCAAAGUAGGAAACGACACCAUUCGAGGUGUCAGUGGAGGAGAAAGAAAACGAGUCAGUAUUGCCGAAAUGGCGUUAGCAAGAUCUUCAAUCGCUGUUUGGGACAACUCCACGCGUGGCCUAGACUCUGCAACUGCGCUUGAGUUCAUCCGAUCUAUGAGGACUUUGUCAGACCUGAUUGGGCUCACGCAGGCUGUGGCCGUAUAUCAGGCUAGCCAGAGCAUGUAUGAUCUCUUUGAUAAGACUCUGGUCUUGUACGAAGGGCGUCAAGUCUACUUCGGCCCUAGUCAGUCUGCAAAGUCAUACUUUGAAAGAAUGGGAUGGUAUUGCCCUGCACGCCAGACAACUCCGGACUUCCUCACUUCUGUCACCAAUCCUUCAGAGCGACAGAUUCGUCAUGACCAUAACAAAAAGGUGCCUUUGACAGCAAUUGAAUUUGAACAGUAUUGGCAAGAAUCUGACGAAUACCGCACAUGCAUGACCGCAAAUGAUCGCACGGAAGAUGUCGAACAGCAGGAAGGUCGAUUGCAAGCUCUCCGGGAGGCGCAUCAACAAGCCCAAGCGCGCCAUACGCGCGGACAAUCCCCGUAUCUGCUCUCAGUCUACAUGCAAAUACGAUUGUGCAUGAAACGAUCAUCACAACUACUUUGGAACGACAGAGCAUCCACAAUCACUCUUGCUUGUGGGCGAAUCAUCCUCGCGCUUAUUGUGGGGAGCAUUUAUUUUGGUCCAGCCGAUACGACUGCUAGUCUUCAAUCUUCAGGCUCAGUGAUAUUCCUGGCGACGUUGUUGAAUGCGCUUAUGGCAGUGACUGAAAUCGGGGCCCUGUUCGCAAAACGAGGCAUCCUGGAGAAGCAAAGUACUUUUGCGUUUUACCAUCCUUUUACCGACGCUCUUGCUGCGUUCGUAAUUGAUAUACCAGUCAAGUUCGUCAUCUCGAUUCUCUUCAACGUGGUCUACUACUUUCUCGCUGGAUUGACCCCAGAGGCAUCGAAAUUCUUCAUCUUUGUCCUAUUUACUUUUACUUGCACCGUCCUCAUGUCGGCAAUCUUCCGCAGUGUUGGGGCCGCUUGCAAGGCUGCACCGCAGGCGUAUGCCAUUGCCGGCAUUGGAAUCCUCAUCAUGAUCAUCUACACCGGAUUCGCCCUCCAAACAACAUAUAUGCAUCCUUGGUUCCGAUGGAUCAACUACAUCAACCCAAUUGCCUACGUGUUUGAGGCGCUUUUGGUCAAUGAAGUGCAUGGCAAGGAGUAUCUUUGUGCUACGGACAACUUGGUACCCCCCUACGCAAGUGGAAGCUCGAAUUUUGCUUGCGCAUUCAUCGGAGCAGAGCCUAAUGAACGAGUUGUGUCCGGUGAUCAGUGGGUUAAUUCUGCUUAUGGGUACUCAUAUUCUCAUCUUUGGCGGAAUCUGGGCAUAUCGAUCCUAUACCUCGUGGUCUUCUUGGUAAUAUACCUUGCGACUUCAGAGUUCAAGUCAUAUGCCGAGGCCGGUGCACAGAGGCUUGUGUUCCGCUCCAUCGAAUCAGCUCGUCUAGCUGCUCACCCGGAAGAUGAUGUCGAGUCUAAGGUCGGCCCUCGGAGCUCAGGCGACAUGAGAUCGGGUGAUCUAAGACCUUCGUCGAGUACAAAAUCAAACAACGCUGAAAAGGAAGUAUCAACUCCCGGUGAAGAUCAAAGUAAAGGACAAAUAACAACGGCUGGUGGUACUCUGACCUGGCAUAACCUUUCUCUUGAUAUCCAGUUGAUGGGUCAGCGUCGACGUUUACUGGAUGGGGUUUCAGGCAUGGUCUUACCUGGAAAACUAACCUGCCUUAUGGGCGUCUCAGGCGCAGGAAAGACGACCCUUCUCGACACGCUAGCUCAGCGCCAAAACACAGUCGGCGAAGUUUCAGGCAGUAUCGCGGUUGAUGGCGAGGCACUCAGGCCAUCUUUUCAAAGGAAGACAGGCUACGUGCAGCAACAAGACCUUCACAUGGCUACCAGCACCGUUCGCGAAGCUCUCAGGUUCUCAGCCCUAUUGAGACAACCUGCGCAUGUCUCGAAAGAUGAAAAGUACGCAUACGUCGAAGAAGUUAUGGACCUUCUUAAUAUGCAAAUCUUUGGUGAUGCUCUGGUGGGACGACCGGGCGAAGGACUGAACAUCGAACAAAGGAAACUGCUCACUAUUGGGGUAGAACUUGCCGCUAGACCGACUAUUCUCUUCCUGGAUGAACCAACUUCAGGCCUUGAUUCACAAAGCUCGUGGACUAUCAUCUCAAUUUUGCGGAAAUUGGCGGAUAGCGGUCAAGCCAUCCUUGCAACCAUUCAUCAGCCAUCCGCCAUGCUAUUCGAGCAAUUCGAUUCCAUUCUUCUACUCGCCAAGGGAGGUCGAACGACCUAUUUUGGACCCCUUGGUCUUGAUUGUCAGGUGGUCACUACCUACUUUGAGAGCCAUGGCGCGAGAGCCUGUUCACCUCAAGAGAAUCCCGCCGAGUAUAUUCUUGCAGUCAUUGCAAACUCCUCACAUGACUGGCCCGCGAUCUGGAAAUCUAGCGAGCGGUGUCUGGAAUUACAGAGGCAAGUCGUAGGAGGUACCGAGAAGUCACACCAACAAGACAACUCUGACAAGGACCGGGAAUAUGCCCUAUCUUUCUUCCAGCAAUUUCGUUACGUCUUCCUGCGGGUUGCUCAGCAAUAUUGGAGAAGUCCUGGAUACAUUUAUGCCAAAAUACAAUUUGGGCUCCUCGCUUCCCUAUUCAUUGGUUUCACCUUCUUCCUCCAGAACUCGUCCAUUACUGGCAUGCAGAACAUCAUUUUUGCGAUCUACAUGCUGAAUUCGAUCUUUUCGACUAUUGUAAAUCAGAUCAUGUCACGUUUCAUUCCGCAACGUGCAUUGUUUGAGGUCCGUGAAUCUCCCUCAAGAAUGUACAGUUGGCUCGUCUUCGUGCUCGCCAAUGUUUUGAUUGAACUUCCGUAUCACGCCUUUAUUUCUGUCAUCGUUUGGGCCUGUUGGUAUUUCCCAGUAUUUGGCCUAUAUCAGGAUUCGGGGGACAGAGCUAUGAUGUGGGCUUUCUGUCUUCAAUUCAUGCUCUAUGCCUCGACCUGGGCACAGAUGCUUAUCUUUUGUAUGCCGAGCACGGAGACUGCCGGGACGAUAUCCAAUAUUCUUUUCACUAUGACACUCCAAUUCAACGGUGUCCUGCAACCUCCUAAUGCCCUCCCUGGAUUCUGGAUCUUCAUGUACCGUCUUAGUCCAUUCACCUAUCUGAUCGGAGGAUUUGCUGGCAUUGGCCUGGGAGAUCGGCAAAUCCAAUGCGCAGAAAAUGAGCUUGGCAUCUUCGAUCCCCCAUCCGGACAAACAUGCGGCCAGUAUCUUGCUGCUUAUAUGGAGAAUGGUGCACCAGGCACGUUGUUGAACCCGACUGCCACAGUGUCGUGCGAGUACUGCCCGUUGAGGAAUGCAGAUCAAUUCCUGGCAGCCUCGUGGAUUUAUCCCUCCGAUGCAUAUCGCAACCUCGGCAUACUAUUCGCAUUCAUUGGAUUCAACGUAGCCGCGACACUGGGGCUGUAUUACAUUUUCCGUGUGAGGCGAUUCUCUAUACAGGGUCUCCGGAGGACUAAGCCUGGAAAACCUGAAAAAUCAGAGGAAGAAGAACCAAAGGAAGGGACCAAAUGGUCGUAUCUGGGCUUCUACGUCCAUUUGGGUUGGGGCAUCCUAAGGAAUAUGGUCCGAUAGUUCUAUGCGAUGUUAUGAUUGGAUGUUAAACGCUUUUAAGCCUCCUCAGAUUCACCCAGAUGAUAGGAGUAAUAAAGGCGCGAGGUAGGCUAGGAAUGCCAGGACUGCCAAACUAUGUUCUAGCUAAAAGUUCGAACGCCCGCCUGCGGUGUGGUUACAGACGUGCUCUGCGAUUUGUAGACAAGGGAGGUCUUGACGCGGGGGCCAAGCAUAU